AUGUCUGUAGAGGUUCCCCUGCCGGUCGACUCUGAGGAGAACGCAGCCAAACUGCGGGCGAUCCUAGCGGCAACUGGUACGCCCGCAACGGCGCCGGCCAAGGCUAGCGAGGGACCGGCGAACGGUGUGUACUACCGGCAGACGUUGUGUCGGACGGAGGAGUACGAAGUAGCACAUUUCCUCUUCCUCUCCGGCAUGGCGUCGACAUUGCACGGUCAUGCCGAGGCGGCAGUACUGCUGCAUGUGGCACGCGGCCGCGUCAUGGAGGAGGCGUAUGUGCCGCUGCCCGACGGGCAAUUCGAGUACCAGGUGACGGUGAUCGCCGCUGGGGAGGAGGGCUACCUGCCGCAGGGCGCGUUCCACCGUGUCCAUUGCCUCGAGGAAGCGCCCACCGUCAACGUCUACGCGCCGCCGAGCAGCAACCCCGUCGCACCCGUACCGGCAGAGACCAUGCCGCUGCUGCUCUCCGCCAAAGGCCGUUACUUGAAGACCUUCCACGCCAUUGCCAGCGCGCCGGUUUACCUCAAGAAAGGUUUCCUUGGCAUCCGACCCAUCGUUGACGAACAUCUCGAACGCUGGGUCGCCCGAGAACAGGAACAAAAUACACUGGGCCAGAUCCGAGUGCACCCUGAUACCAUCGCCGACUUCCGUGUCACGGGUGUGUUUGGCGCACCCAUCCCCAUCGAGUACGGCGGCUUCGGCGACUCUCUCGCAGACGUCGCCAAGGCCGUACGCAAGCUGGCCGCCCGUGCGCCGUGCACCGCCCUCGCCAUGGCCAUGCCGCUCGGUAACUCGGCCGCGGCGACCGUGCCGGUGUACGCCGUUCCCGCCCAGCACGCGGAGGAACUCAAGCAAAACACACUCUGGCUUGUGCAACAGGUCAUUGCGGAACGCCAGAUCAUGGCCGUCGCCAACUCGGAGCCCGGCAGCGGCGGCGAGCUACGACUCACGCAAACCAUCGCCGUGCGCAACAAAGACGGGCUCUUCGAACUCACCGGUCGCAAGUCUUUCGCCACCCUUGGACCCGAUGCGGACUACUUCAUGUGCGCCGCGCGCUGCGUCCCGCAAUCCGAAGACGCCGUCGACGGCUUCUUCGUGCACCGCACACAACUCCUCCUCGACGACCACUGGGACCCGCUCGGCAUGCGUCCUACCGCCAGCGUCGGCCUCACCCUCCAGUGCGCCCAGGCCGCCUGCAGACUCGGCUUCCCAGGCAGUUUGUCCGGCAUAAACGCGCGCCACUGGAGCACGCUGCUCUUCGCCUCCGUUUUCGUAGGCGUCGCCGAAGGCGCACUCGCCGCGCUCCUGCAACUCCUCGACAACAACGCCAGACAGUCGCCCUUCGUCCGCACCACCCUCGGCACCCUCGCACUGAACAUCGACGCCGCCGCCGGCUUCGUCGAAGCACUCACCCAAAUCACCGACAUGCCCUACCCCCCCGCCACCAAGGAACGCUGCAACAACGCCAAGUCCGUCGCAGCCAAAGUCGCCGUCGAAACCGCCACCAACGCCAGCAUGCUCGCAGGCGGCAAGGCCUACAAAGCUAACCACCUCGUCUCGCAAAUCCUGCACGACGCACUCGCCGCACCACUCCUCCGGCCGCCGUACCCCAAAGUCAUCGAUGGCAUCGCCGCUAAGCUACUCGACAACUAA